CGCUUCCACUUCCCGCCAUCGGUUCUCUCAUCUUGCCGGACUUUUCCCUCAGUUUUCCCUCUCAUCACACUUUACACCUUUCUGAUUGCGUAUCAUUGAAGACGAAAACUUCAACACCAUGCCUGCCAAGAACGAAUUUCUCUGCAUCCUCCCGGACAAGCCGGGAAUGAUGGCCAAGCGACUGGAAGUUCGCCCUCAACACUUGGAAGGAGUCAAGCCCCUCGUCGAAGCCGGCUCUGUGGUUGCGGGAGGCGCAAUGCUCGACAAGCACCCCGCAGAAGGCGAAUCCAUGUCCUUCCAAGGAAGCAUGAUGAUGGUAUUGGCGGAGACCAAGGAGGAAGCCGAGGCGCUCCUCAGGAAUGAUAUCUACACGAAGAGUGGAGUGUGGGACAUGGACAAGGCGCAGAUUAUUCCGUUCAAGUCUGCCGUUCGGUUGGCAUUGUAGAUCUUCUUUUCCGUUCCUGUCACAUAUCACAUUCCAUGGUAUAUAUGAAUGACUCAGUUUAUUGCAUAGCGAAA